AUGUAUUCUCUAAUUCUUCUUGGAAAAAGAUCUACCGAUGCUGAUGAUGUGAUCCCUAGAGAUGCUCAAAAAGAGCCGAAAUUAACGGUCUCUUACCUUGUUGAUUCAGUGGGUAUACCGAUAAAAUUCGCAGAAUCAAUCUUGAAGGAAGUCAGCUCAAAGGACAAGUGCAAUCCCAAUUCUGUUCUGAAUCUUCUAAGAAGUUAUGAUUUCACAGAUUCUCAGAUAUCAAGCAUCAUUACGACUGAUCCAGAAUUACUUAUGGAAGAUGCUGAGAAUUCCCUUUGUCCCAAGCUUAAGUUUUUGGAGUCCAGAGAAAUUUUAAGCUCUAGGCUCAAUGACAUUGUUACUAGAGUUCCGAAAAUCUUGAGGAUGGAAGAGGAAAAAUCUAUGAUCACAUACUAUGACUUUGUCAAAACCAUUACACUAACGAGUUCGCGUUCGGACUUCUAUAAGGUUUGCGAACUUUAUCCAUAUAUUGAAAGUUCUAUUAGGAAGGUUAUUGAGAUGGGUUUUGAUCCUUUCGCCCCAAAAAUUUUCGAUGCUACGGUCGUUGUUUGCACAUUAAGCAACGAAACAUUAGAAGAAAGAGUCAAUAUCUAUAAAACGUUAGGCUUUGAUGUCAGAGAUGUAUGGGAAAUGUUCAAGAAGUGUCCUACUUUUCUGAAUAUCUCGGAGAAGAAGAUAACUCAGAGUUUCGAAACAUUGAAGAAGUGUGGACUUGUCGAAGAAGAAGUCAUCUCUAUGUUCCAGAAGUCUCCACAAUGUAUUGAUUUUUCAGAGCUGGAUAUAACUCAGAAUUUUGAAUUCUUGAAGGGAUGUGGAUUAGUCGAAGAAGAGGUCCUCUCUAUGUUCAAGAGGUAUCCGCAAUGUAUUGGUUUUUCAGAGAAAAAAAUAUUGAACGCGGUUGAAACAUUUUUAGGCCAAGGGUUCAGCAAAGAUGAGGUCAUGAUGAUGGUCAAUCGAGAAGGCGUGGUUUCGAUCCCUGUGGUACUUGAAUUCAGCAUGGAGAAAAUGAUUGUACCGAGGUGCAAUGUUAUCAAAGCUCUUACGUCCAAAAGAUUGCUCAAAACUGAAGUCUCUUCAAUGUUUUCUGUCUUGAUAUGUCCCGAUGAGGUGUUUCUUGAAAGGUAUGUGAGUAAGCAUGAUGAUCAAGAACUUGUCGAUGAGUUGAUGUCUAUCUUCACCAAAGAUCAGUAA